AUGCCUCCUCGCCUGUCCCCCAUAACCAUCCGCAGCCUGCGGCGCUUCUACUCGUCAGCGGCCGAGCCUCUCAUCCGCGUAACGAACCUGCCCGCCCCCGGCACCGGCCAUAUCCGCGUCCUCGAGCUUAACCGGCCCAAGGCCCGGAACGCCAUCUCAAAGGCUCUCCUCGCUUCUCUGCGCGACGAGGUUGACGCUGUUCACAGCCAGUAUGGACCCAAUGGUGAGGAGCUCCCGCCGGUGAAGCGCUUCGGCGGCGCUGCUGGUGUCGACGAGAAGGGUCCCACGAGAGCUCUCGUCCUUGCCAGCGCUGUUGAUACUUGCUUCUGCGCCGGCGCCGACCUCAAGGAGCGCCGGGGCUUUUCGCAACAAGACACUGCCGACUUCCUCACCAACCUCCGCGGCACCCUCAACUCCCUGUCCAACCUUCCCAUCCCUACCGUGUCCGCCAUCUCCUCCGUAGCCCUCGGCGGCGGCCUCGAGCUCGCCCUCUCCACCCACUUCCGUGUCCUCUCCUCCAACGCCACAGUCGGUCUACCCGAGACCCGUCUCGGCAUCAUUCCCGGUGCUGGCGGCACCCACCGUCUGCCAGCCCUCAUCGGCCUCUCCCGCGCCCGCGACCUCAUCCUAACCGGCCGCCGGGUCGCUGCCCCCGAGGCCUACUUCCUCGGCAUUGCUGAUCGCCUUGUCGAGGUUGUUCCUGAGGAUGAGCGCGACGGCUCCGAUAUUCUUGGAGAAGCCAGGAAAGCUGCCCUGAGCGAGGCUGUGAGGCUCGCCCAGGAGAUUUGUGAGGGAGGACCCAUUGGCGUGAGGGCAGCCCUCCAGGCUGUUGCUUGGGCCAGGGAAGAGGUUGAGAACAAGAUGUAUGAGCGCGUUGUAAACACCGAGGAUAGGCACGAGGCUCUGAAGGCGUUCCAGGAGAAGAGGAAGCCUGUCUUCACCGGCCGGUAA